GCGCGCUUACGUCAUCCUGACGGAUUCAGUCUGAAAUGCGCACUUCUGAGCUCGGCUUGAGUUGAAAGCGCGUCCCAAAGCCCCUCGAACUGCAGUGUGUUUUCUCUCCAGCUUUACUCUGACAACGAGCAUGGGCUCGAAUAAAUCCACUCCACGGGGGAAAUGUUAUGAUCCCAAGGAUCCUUCGCUGAAAUUUGUCGACCGAGAGGACGAUCUGGACUUUUUAUGUGAGGACUUCGCGUCUCCAAGAGCUGAGAUGUCCUGUGGUCAUGCUGUGACCCCGAUGUCUCUUACUAACUGGUGCCUUAAGUUGCUGGAAGAUGGAAAAAGCUCCUUUGUGUGUGGAGCGUCUGGCUGUAAUGCUGUGUGGCCGUAUGAGGAGGUCUGCAAGAUGGCUCUGCUGACCACUGAGGAAAUGAAGCACUUUAAGAAAACCAUGGACCUCAAUGCUUCUAUUACAAGGAUGUGUCCUGGAUGCAAGUCCCCUGUAGCGAGACAGAAUGAAUUUAAUCUUUGUGUCAGCUGCAAAACGUGCACAGAAAAAAGAGGACGGCUCUAUGAGUUCUGCUGGCAGUGCCAGAGGGAAUGGAAAGGUCCAAAGCCGCGGCUGGACCGCUGUGAGAAUGAUGGCUGCUGCAACACGGCACUGCAGACUCUGAAAACCUGCCCAGAUAUCCUCUUUGGCCCAGUGUUAAGAAUCUCUGGGUGUCCCUCCAUCCGGGCCUGUCCCACCUGUGGAUCACUGUUGGAGCAUAAACGAAAUGGCUGUAAAAACAUUUCCUGUCCUCAGUGUAAGACCAACUUCUGUUUUAUGUGUCUGAAGACUUCUGCUGAAUGUUCAAAAACAAGUGACUUUUAUGAUCUGUGCUCCAGUGGAGUUGCUCCCAGACAGACAUUUAUCCCUAAGUGGAAAAAGAAGUAAUUUUUCUUCUGUUGCUUUGCAAUUUAAUGGUGCUCCCCUAAAAAAUACAGAUGUAGCCGACUGCAUUUUCAGAACCUUCUCUUAAUGAUAUGGUAGAUAAUAUUUUUGAUCUGAAAUGUCAGAAUAUAAGAAGUGUUUAUCAGAAUCAGAACAGAGUAAAAACCUAAAUUUAAAAUCCUUUGCUAGUUCAGGACCAUGGACAGACCUCCGCAUCUACAUACUACCUUGCAGAACCCCGUGAACCUUUCCACUUUUGUCACAAAGCACACCCAUUACAAUUUAUUUUACUGGUAUGUUAUGUCAUAAACUGACAAUAUGUACUGCAGGUAUGUGGAGUGACAGGAAAUUACACAUAGUUUUGUUUUGCUUAACAAAAUAGAAAGGUGUAAAUCGGUAAUGUUUUAGUUUUUAGGUUAGGAAAUGCAAUUAAUUUACUUUCUUGGCUUUAAUGUGUACAAAUAAUUACAUCUAGAUACCAAAGUUUUUAUUUUAUUUUUUAAACUCACAUCAAUAAAAGAUUAUCUGCAUGAUAUUCCCAGCUUUGAUGGGAGAGAAAAUUACCAAGAAGUCUGACGCAGUCGGUUUUCUGAGUUAAAAAGGAAAACCAUGUAAACUAAAGACCAAUAGUCCUCUGCUGCUGUAUUACUGUCCACACACAUGUCUUAUUUCCUGUAUUUCAUUUUGCCAGCAGGCUUUUAAUGUGACCUGUAUGUACUGGGUGGUAUUUGUCAUUUCAUACCAAAUGUUUUUUUUUUAGUUUUAAGGACAUUUCACUCACUUCUUUCAAUACAGCCACUGUUGGGCUUGUUUUAAUUGCACUUGUUAUUAAUUGCAGAGCUUAAUGGUGAAUUUCAUUCAUCAUUAAGAGCUCUCAGAAGCUGAUUGGUAAUCCCUGCAGCUCUUACUAAACACCUGGCUACACCAAGCAUUGGUAAAAGGUAUUUUAAUCAAGGACUAGAUGGGGGAGUGGUUCAUCAAGCAAUCAUCCCAAAAAUGUAGCAUGCACCACUUUUUCAAGCUCUCAAAUGUUUAAUAGUAUUUCCUCCUGAUUUCCUAUUAUUGUUCUAUCGGCAGAAGAUUUUAAAUGGUAUCUAAAACACUUUUUCAGUCUUUGAAAUUGCAUCUUUUUGAUCAUUUGACCUACAUUUCUCACACACUUUCAUGAUCAGCAACAAAUGAAGCAAUAUUACUGUCUAUGAUUUAAUACAUUUUGUAUGAUAAAGGAUAAUAAA